CGAGAGCGCACGAACUGAUUCAUCCCAGAUUGCGCGGAAGUUUAUUUCACUUAUUCUUGAGAAAGUAUCUUCUUCCGCACAUUCUGCUGAGUUCUGAGUUCUAUGGAAAUGGAUAAAUUACCGAGUACGAACAUAAGCGCCGGGAACAGCACCGUGGAUAGGCGCUCGUUUCUAGAGCGCAGUGGAUAUCAGCACCUUGAUCAAGAAGACCUGAGGGUUUUGAUUCCGGUCGUGCUGGGAAUCAUUUGCGUCCUUGGUUUUACCGGGAAUGUAACGGCUAUAGGAGUCCUGAUAACCAACGCGCGUAAAGGGAAGCUGUCUAUAGUAAAUGCGCUUAUCCUCAACCUGAUGCUGGCUGAUGGUUUGGUCCUGGCGUUUGCCGUUCCUUUCAAAGCUGCCGCAUAUUCUCGUGCCACCUGGACGCUGGGUUUGUUUGUCUGCAAGACCUGUGACUGGUUCCUGCACUCCUGCAUGGCUGCAAAGAGCUUCACCGUUGCCAUCAUGGGCAAAGCUUGCUACAGGUAUGUCAGUAACCCCACCAAGCAGGUAUCAAUCCGGUUGAAGACCAUCUUGGUUGCGCUGCUCUUCGCUUGGCUUCUAGCGUGUGUGGUACCAAUACCCCAGUGGCUCUUUGCAAGUCUUCAAAGAGAAGCAGGCGGAGUGAUUUGUGUGCAGUCUGUGCCAUCUGAUGCCCAUGAUUUUAUGUCAGUGUACGUGAAGGCGUACCCCCUCGUGGCCUAUUGCACACCAUUGAGCUUUGCCUUACUUUACUUCUGGAAGGCUUACGGACGGUGCCAACACAGGUCGAGUAAGACCCAGAACCUGCGGACACAGAUCAGAUCUCGCAAACUGACGCUCAUGCUGUUCAGCCUCACCGUAGCCAUGGCCAUCUUGUGGCUCCCUCAGUGGGUGUCCUGGGUGUGGAUGCGGCACGCAUUUGAGACUGAUGGCAUUUUUCCUCCAGUCAUCUUCACUCUCUCCGCACAACUUCUCAUGUUCUCUAUCUCACUCGUCAAUCCUCUAAUCGUCUUGGCCCUUUCCGAGGAGUUCAGAGAGGGUUACAUAGACCUGUGGCGUAGGCUUACCCUCCGCAAGCAACCAGCAAAACACAAGCCAGGACCACACACCCCAUCCGCCCCAAAAUCUCCCACCCCGAGACCUGAGACAUCAGCCCACCUACCUCCCCAUCAGUCUGAGCAAACACCUGAGAAGGAAACAAACCAGAGUGCAGGAGAAGAAAGUCCAAGCAACAAAGAUGGAAUAGUUCUCCAAGAUGUAGAGCAGUUUUGGCACGAGAGGGAAUCUGGCUCCCAGUUGCACGAAAAUGACCCUGUGCCCUGGGAAAACCAAGACCUCAGUGAAGGAAAACAGUAAAAGACUCCUGUCCAUGGCAUUACAACGGUUAUAAUUUAUCCUCUUUUUCAACACAAAGAGAAAAAAAAUCUGACCUCACUUGAAUUGAACACCUUACAAAAUCAUAAAUGAGUUAUGGUUUGUAUUGUUUGGUUUCUAUUGUGAUUUGUAUGUUUCUAUGUAUACCUCUUCUCCAAAAGAGAAAGCUGGUUUGGUAUCAUUUAUUACAAGUGCUAAUAUAUAGAAAUGACUUUGUAUUAUUUGUAUUGUAUGAUGUUGGUUGAAGAUUUAAUUGUACGUAUUAUAUAUUACUAUGGGUAGAGAUAUUAGUAAAAAACAGC